AUUAGUUCACUCGGUUGUUACAUUCGUCCAUGACGUGUGACGCGGCGGGAAAAAUAUUCGAAUUUCAAAAAUAUUUUUUAACGUAAUUACAUUUUUUUAGUUGUGAUUCUCGUAAUUUAAUUUGAAACAAGAUGUCACGGUUAGACGUGGUGAUAUUUGGAGCUACCGGGCUUGCCGGGAAGCAGGUGGUCGUUUACAUGACGAGGCUCUCCAAAAAAUAUGACUUCGGUCCUUGGGGAGUCGCUGGACGGUCUCAGGCGAAGCUUAGCGCUUUGAUGGCAGAAAUCUCUAGAGAAACUGGCGAAGACCUGUCCUCUAUAAAGCUGAUAGUAGCGGACGUCGGCGAUGAUAAGUCGCUUCGUGAGAUGUGCGCUCAGACCAAUGUGUUGAUCAACUGCUGUGGCCCCUACCGCCUCUACGGGGAGCCUGUCGUCAAAGCCGCCAUUGAGAGCAAGACCAACUAUGUGGAUAUUACUGGGGAACCACAGUUUAUGGAUCUCAUGCAGAUUCGUUACGACGAAAAAGCUCGCGAGGCAGGAGUGUUCGUGAUCAGCGCAUGUGGAUUUGACAGCAUCCCAUCCGACAUGGGCGUCACCUUCCUUAAACAAAACUUCAAAGGCACAUUGAACUCUAUAGACUCGUACCUCAGUUUCUACUUACCCCCUGAACUUGAUGCGGAAGCGAAAGAACAUGGAGUGAUAGGCACUGGUACUUGGGAGUCAUUUGUAUAUGGUGCUGCAUUUGUUAAUGAGAUGCCGAGGCUUCGCAAGGCACUGUUCCCCGAACCAGCGCCGCAGAUGAAACCUGUCGUUAAACAAAAGAGCAUGACUAAAAAGGAUAACCAAUGGUACUUCGAGUUUCCCGGAGCUGAUGAAUCAGUAGUUUAUCGAACGCAGCAAUUUUUAUACCAGAACGAACAACAGCGACCCGUGCAGUUCAACGCUUAUUUUAAGACUGGAUCUCUCUGGCGGUCCAUGGGUAUCGCUAUGAGGGCUCUAACUUUACUGGUCAUGUCUAAGAGCGAGUGCACGAGGAAGUAUUUGUUGAAUAAUCCGAAGUACUGGUCAGGGGGAUAUGUGACGAAGGAAGGUCCCACAGCUAAUGUUACCAAUAACUCUAACUUUACUUUCGAGAUGGUUGGUAAUGGCUGGCCCGAGGGAGCUGACGUAGAGAAGACAUUGCCGACAAAAACCGUAGUCGCUAAGAUCACCGGCAAGAACCCCGCGUACGGCGCCACCGUGGCGGCCGUCCUCGCGAGCGCGCACUGCGUGCUCCGCGAGCGACACCUCCUGCCCGCGCCUGGGGGAGUAAUGUCACCUGGUUCGGCCUUCAAGAACACCACACUCAUACAGAAGCUGAAUGACAACGAUCUGAAGUUUGAAAUUAUUAGCAAGUAAUACCCAGCCUAGCUUAGAUUAACUUUAGGUAUUAAGUUUUUGCUAAGUAGUGGAAUUUGCACGAGUAGAUAGGUACUAAGUGUAUUUAUAAGUAGGUUAGUAUUUUGAGUGAAACCUAGACUUAGGAGCAAAGAAACAGAACCAUUAGCGUUAUUUAAAGGACAUACUUUACCAAUUAAUAAAAUAGUUGUAUCACAAAAUAUCCAUCCAUGGCUCCAUUUCUUUGCUUCCAAGUGUAUUUUGUGAUAUUAUUGGGCCUCGGUGGUCCAUUAAAGAUUGUACAAACUGCUUAUAGUGUAAGCAGUUAAUAUAUAAGUGCAAAAUAUCGAGGAUCAUAAUACAUAUUUAUUUCAUGAAGAUAAUCUACCUCCGCCCUAGUUUUGGUUUUGCAAAAUAAACUUUAUAGUGUAGUACAAAAUGAUUCAAUUUAGAGUAAGUUAAACAUCUGUACAACUUUUUCUUAAUAUGAAUAUGGAUUCUAUGAAACCCAUAGAAUCUUUUAUUCAGUUCCAUACGUGAUAUUGUAAUAAUUUCUGUUAAAUACUGUUAGUGCUGCCAUCUAAGAUCAUUGUUGACCUUUGAACUAAAAUGAUCUUACUGUUUUGAAAAUUGUUCUACCGUAUAGGUAUAGAUGUCGCUAGUUAAACACUUUUAUAACUCUUAGUAGUUCUAGCACAAGUUGGUUUAAGUAUGUCGACAAAAGAUGGCGCUGAGUGUAUGUUGUGGUAUAAAUGGCCAGUUUGAUUUUAUUAGCUUUUAUUUAAUGUUGUAUUAAAUAUUUAGUUUAUUGUAAUAAAUUUAAUGUUUAUCUAAAUAAGUGUUCUCGAUGUGAUAUAGUUACAUGUUUUGCUAAUAAAUGUUAAAUACCUAUUUAUAA